AGAGGACUGGGUGCUGUCCAGGACUGUCACCAGCUUGUAUCAUCUGAAACUCAGCUCGGAUAGGAGGCUUAUAUAGCCAGGCAAAAGCAGUAUGCCACUACAUUUGAACUGCCGAUAUGUUACCGCUGAACAGUUGUCCGGCUUUGAUAAGUACCAGUACAGUGCUGUGGAUACUAACCCAUUGUCAGUGUAUGUUAUGCAGCAUGCCUGGAACAGAAUAGUAAAGAUUGUACCAUUGUGGGUUGCCCCUAAUACAUUGACAUUUACUGGAUUUCUGAUGAUUUUAAUCAAUUACUUUAUAUUGUCAUUUUAUGACUGGGAUUACACCGCUUCAGGUUUUGGUCAUGAUCAUAUUCCUACUUGGGUCUGGUUUUUCGCUGGGUUUAGCACAUUCUCUGCAUAUUGUUUAGACUCUAUAGAUGGAAAACAUGCCCGAAGAACUUACUCUAGCACCCCUCUUGGAGAGCUGUUUGAUCAUGGAUUAGAUAGCUGGGCAACUUCAAUCUUUACUAUGUCCUUAUUCUCUAUAUUUGACUUCAGUGGUGAAACAGCUACAGUAUCUGUCUAUACCCAAUACACAGUCCUUUCUCUUGUUUUGAUUACAUUCCUCCUCUCACAUUGGGAAAAAUAUAAUACUGGAAUACUUUUCCUCCCAUGGGGAUAUGACAUAAGCCAAGUGACACUAACAGCAGUGUAUCUGCUGACCGCAGUAGUUGGUGUAGAAGCCUGGCAUAGGCCUUUACCAUUUGGUUAUUACUUUUCGGAUAUCUUACUAGCCAUGGUGAUAGCUUGCAGUAUAUUUCUGUCCAUUCCUCAGACACACUACAACAUUUAUAAAGCUUACAAGAAGAAAACAUUGAAGACAUCUUCUUUGUAUGAAGGGAUUCUUCCACUGAUUUCUCCACUUCUUCUGUUUAUACUGUUGACAGUGUGGGUGACCUUUUCUCCUAGUAGUAUACUGGCAAAACAGCCUAGACUAUUUUUAUGGAUGGUUGGCAUCACAAACUCAAAUAUUACUUGUAGAGUGAUAAUGUGUCAGAUGAGCAGCACUAGAUCAGAAGCCUUUCACUGGCUGCUCUAUCCUCUGGCAGUCAUAGUGUGCACUGUAACAACUGGACUAAUGAAGGAACUUGAACAGCACCUGCUCGUGGCUUUUACUGCACUGAUAACCUUGGCUCAUAUUCACUAUGGAGUGUGCGUGGGCCUGGAGUUGAGCCAUCAUUUCAAUAUUUACAUCUUUUCAUUGAAAAAGUACAACAAAGAUUGAUGCAAUCAUUCGGGCUCAGAACUGUGAAGAAUUCUUUUCACUUCAUUGUGGGAAAAAAAUCACAUUCUUAUGGAUGAAGAUCUGCAUAUAUUUGCAACUACCAUGGUCAGCUGGUUACGUUGUAGUUUAUUACUAACAGAUCUGGCACAAAGAUGUUUUAGAAGCUGUGCAUUGUACAUCUCAGGUGAAUAAAGUAUUACUGUACAAUCUCUAUAGUCAUCUACACAUCUCAGUUUUUGAAAUAUAAUGAAAGCACAUAUUUAUGAAAUACAUGAAUUUCUACACUAGAUAAUAAUUAGUCUCCUUGACUGGCAAAAGUUAUUACUGGAAUAGCUUUCAUUGCAAGCACUACCUUCAUCACCAUCAUCAUCAUUUUUGUAUUUGUCACCUCUACAGAGCUAUCAUUAUCAUGAUACGAACUGAAUACUAGCUCCUUCCAAUGAAACUUGAAAUGGUCCUUACUUACUAUAAUUAAGCAUUCUUCUAUUAUUUAGUAAUUUAUUAUUGAUUUAUCUGCACUCAGUAAGUAGGAGCUACUCAUUUAAUGAAUUUAAUGAAAGAUGCUUGAGGUAAAUGUAGGAAUGCAGUUGUUUCAUAUGGUUCAUACUGUUGUUAUGGGGCACAGUUAUGAAGGCUUGUGUCUCAUGUAAUGGGACCCACAUCUCCCUCAUCCAUCCUUCUGCUCCUGGUCCAGCUUUCUCUGCAGUGUUUUCUUGUAGCUCAGAGAAAGGCUUGUUGUGUACUGCAUCCAGAAAUGUAAUUCUAAAUUUAUUUUAGCAACUGGUCUAUACCCAUGAGGCAUAAAUAUCUGUUUUCAGGGCUGAGAUCAGUGUUUGGGUAGAUUUGUGAAAAGCUACACAGUAUGCACAGGGAUUCUAAGACUUGUCUCUGCAGAUUUUGGCCUGAAGGCAGUUAGCAAUGUCAUGCUAAAAGGAAGUAAAAAAGUAAGAAAAUAGAUGUCACGGUGCACAGAUGGUUUGAAACAACCCUUGACUACAUCAAAAUGGAGUUUUGUAAUCUUAGUUUUGCAAAUGGAUUCAUCAUGGCUUGUACAUUAGAUGAUUGUCACCUUCUCCACAUAGAUGAAUAUCUUUUUAAUGCACUGUGGGUUCUGUAAUUAUUAUUGUUUUACUUAAUAGAGAAUAUUUAUUUUAGAGAAAUUAUAGGGAAAUAUAAAUGUACAUAUACGGUCUUAUGAAUUACUUUUUUAAUGGUUAUUUCAUAAUAUUAGCAGUUAAUAAAUAUCCAUUUCCAGAAGUUUGGAAAGGGCAGCAGCCACAGUGAUGUGUUGUUAUUUAACCAAUGUCAAUCAAAUGCUGUUUUUAAAAUAAUUAAAAAUGGUUUUACAUCAAAUUGUGAAUGUAGUGUAUUUGUGGCAUUGUGGCUGAAGUUUAUUAUCCGCCUUGUCUACCACUCGUAAACACCGCACUAUUAGUCUGUAACUCAGUCCUCUAUAAAAUGCAGGGAGGCUAAUACUAGUGUCUCCAGUGCUGGGACUUUUGCACUAAUUCUGAAUCUGUAUGGUCCACUAUGUAAAAAGGUACUAUGAAAAUAUAAAUUAUGUUGCAUUAUGAGCCUUAAAGGAAAUAUUUUGUCCUUAUGUACAGAUAAAAUGAUUUUUUGUAGACAUUUCAGUUUCUGGAAUAAUGCCACUUUAUAAAUGUCCUGUAUAUUAUUGUCUUUGUCAGUAAGGCAACAUUCCAUUUUUCCAGGUAUUUUCUAUGAUCAGCACUUUGUCCACCUUCUUUGUAAUUAAGUAAGAAAUAAACACAGCCAAGACAACACAGUAUUUAUCUUCUUUGUAUAUAAAAUUAAAAAGCAAACUUUUAA